AAGCCGUGCCGCUGCGUCACCAGCAUCGACGGUCGGGACCCCACUGUCGCCCUCUGCCCCUCACCCGCUCCUCUUAGCUCUCGAGACCCGCCUCUGCCCGGCUGCUCGGCCCUGUGCAGCAAUGCUGCCCCUUGGCCUCGAGCGUCCCCACAUGCUCACCCAGCGGCCUCUGCUGCGUCUGCUGCUCCUGCUCUGGCUGUUGCUGCGGCUGGUAACCAGCGCCCAGACCAGCCCAGGCGGUCCCAGGGCCCAGACCACGUGGGGAACCCCUAGCGCCCUGACCAGGCCGGCCACCUCCAGCACCUCAACUGCGCCAAGCACCCCUAGAGGCCUGAGUCUCCAGGAGCGCGCGCGGGAUCUGAUGCGGCACUUCCGGCUGGUGGAUGGCCACAACCACCUGCCGCUGCUCCUGAAACGGCAUUUCCAGAACAAGCUACAUGGUGUGAACCUGCGCAAUUUCAGACUCGGCCAGACCAACCUAGACAAGCUCAGGGAUGGCUUCGUGGGUGCACAGUUCUGGUCAGCCUACGCCCCAUGCCAGACUCAGGACCAGGAUGCUGUGCGCCUCACGCUGGAGCAGAUUGACCUCAUCCGCCGCAUGUGUGACUCCUACAAUGAACUGGAGCUCGUGACUUCAGCCGAAGGACUGAACAGCACUCAAAAGCUGGCCUGCCUUAUUGGCGUGGAGGGCGGUCACUCACUUGACAGCAGCCUCUCUGUGCUGCGCAGUUUCUAUCUGCUGGGAGUUCGCUACCUGACGCUCACCUUUACCUGCAACACGCCCUGGGCAGAGAGCUCCACCAAGUUUCAGCUCCUCUACACCAACAUCAGUGGGUUGACAAGCUUUGGUGAGAAGGUGAUAGAGGAAAUGAAUCGCCUGGGCAUGAUGGUGGACUUGUCCUAUGGGUCGCAUGCCCUGGCACAGCAAGCCCUGAAGGUGUCAAAGGCUCCUGUGAUCUUCUCCCAUUCGGCUGCCAAAGCUGUAUGUGACAACAUGCUUAACAUUCCUGAUGACAUCCUGCAACUUCUGAAGAAGAAUGGUGGCAUUGUGAUGGUGUCGCUGUCCAUGGGGGUGCUGCAGUGUAACCUGUUUGCUAAUGUGUCCACUGUGGCAGAUCACUUUGACCACAUCAGGGCAGUCAUGGGAUCUGAGUUCAUCGGGAUUAGCGGGAGUUAUGAUGGGUCUGGCCGGUUCCCCGAGGGGCUGGAGGACGUGUCCACAUACCCGGUACUCGUAGAGGAGUUGCUGAGGCGAGGCUGGAGGGAGGAAGAGCUUCAGGGCGUCCUUCGUAGAAACCUCCUGCGGGUCUUCAGUCAGGUGGAGCAGGUGAGAGAGGAAAACAAAGGUCAGAGUCCUUUGGAGGAUGAAUUUCCAAACAGGCAGGUGGGCAGGUCGUGCCAUUCCCACCUCCUGACUCAGGGUCAGAGUAAGCCUCGGGCCACACACCGGGGGAGAAACAAGUGGCUAACCAACCAGGCCCUCCAGAGGACCCCAAAAGCCUCCCCACAACUCAUUCUAGGCCUUGUGGCUGCUGCCACCUUCUCAGUCCUCCUCCUGUGGCUCUAGUGACCUGGCUAGUCCCCCAGAGGUCACUGGGGGACGAAAUAACCCAAAGUCUCACGAAGUAUCCCUUCUAGUUAUCCAGGCACAAACAUCUAUGCUGAGAAUAAACAUUUCAAGAACAGA